AACAAACCAACACCUGCCUUACCUCAACCCUACGAAUCUUGCUCAAUGCCGCCGUCAACCCGUCGCCGCCAGCAAGCCGAGCCCGAGCCCCAGCACUACCUCGACCCACCCUCCGACCUCGACGAUGUGACACACGACGAUGACCUCGAGGACCUCAUGGUCGACGUCGACGCUGAUGCCGACGACGAUGUCGACGAAGAAGAUGACGAGCCAGAGUCCCCCACAGAUGACAACACGCCACCACUUCCUCAAAAUCUGAAGGAGAUUUCGUCACUGGCAUCAUGGACUGUAUCAAGCAGUAAGCCUGGCUGCGGUGUCCCACAACUGCGCUCGCCGUCGACGUCUCUCUUCUGGCAGUCUGAUGGGCCUCAGCCACAUUACCUAAACAUCCACUUUUUCAAGGUCGUCGAGAUCGUGGCGAUGCGCAUCUACCUUGAUUUCGAUCAAGAUGAGAGCUAUACGCCGACGAAGAUCGCAUUUCUAGCCGGCAUGGGUGAGAUGGACCUGCAGGAAUGGGGUGUGAUGAGCUUUGUAGAGCCAAGAGGAUGGGUCAAUGUCGAUUUCGAGGGUGUUGGUGCCGUGGAUGACUCCGGAUCUGACUCCGACUCGGAAGAGGAGAUCGAUGAUGAGGAAGACGAAGACGGCCAUCCAAAGCGGAAGAGAAAGCUGCCAGUACUGAGAGCGAUGCUCGUCCAGAUCAGAAUUCUCGAGAACCAUCAGAAUGGCAAGGACACGCACCUCCGCGGUCUCCAGAUCUUCUCCAAGGACAAGGCCUACAGCGAGGUCCGUAGAGGCACGACAAGAGCCAUUGAAACGACUCCGGUCGCAGCCGAACGCCCGGGAGCAAAAAAGAAGAGAGCCAUGCCCGAGCCUGACUGGGGCAUGUUGCCUGAGCUACGAUAGAGGCUUGUUUUUCCCGACAUUGCACGAGGGCACGUCAAGUGCCAGCACAUGGAUGUCAGUUUAUCGAUUUUUGGCGCCGGUCACGAAGCUAGAAAACUAUGAAACGGCAGGAUUCGUAAAUCGACGAUGACAUCAACGUAGCUGGACGCUUCGCACGUCACGAUGGGCACACGUGGUGGUUUUGUUUGUUGUUGGACAUUGUGUUCGAACAAGAGUGCAUUUCGACGACCGGCCCCAGAAUGGUGUGCGCGGCUACGACCGGGAUGUGGGACGAUCCAGGGAGUGCGGGCUUGCGGGAAGAGUCUCGAAUCGACGCACGGCUCGCGAGAGAUUUCACGGCGCGAGAUCGGAAGCUUGGAAGGGGUUCGCACAUUCAGCAUGUCGAUGACGAGAAAAGAGUAAAAAUUUAAUAAUAGCCUCGAUCGCGCCUUGACUCCCAUCGAAGACGUU